UUCAAACAAUAAUUUGGAAAAACCCUCAGACUCAGCAUAUACUUUUUCAAAAAUCCCCAGACUACACACAUCAUGUUUGGAGCAACUUGUACCCAGAAAAUUAAACUUUGGAUGCAAUCCAUGGACGGAUAUCGUCUGCCGUGCAAAGUGGAUCGAUUUCAACCCCUGGCCACCAUGCUCAAGGACACAUACCGCAAGAGCAGGGGACGAUGGAGCGGCCGCAUGAAGCUCACCUUCGAUGGGCAGCAGAUCAUGGAGUGGGACACCUGCAACUCCCUAGGCAUGGUGGACGACGAUCUCGUACACGUUCACAUUACCCGCUACGGCGAUGGCCCCAAGUGACCAGAUGGGCAUAAAUUUUUGUAACGUUUUUUGAUAAAUGGUAGAACUGAGUCAACGAA